AUGGACCCUGGGGAAUCUGGCAGCGAUAAUGGCUUCGAGAGCAAACCACGAGCCAUUCCCGACGACCUGCCAAAGUCCUUGGACGACCGACGACAUGCUGGCGGCGAGUUUACAAUGCCCGAGACGGAGAUGUACGAUGGCUGGCAAGGCCAAUCUCAGUUUCUCACCUCGCCGGUACUAGCGAAGCCGCUCAACUUCGAAAACCUGUCUUUGAACGACACGACCGACCAAGACGACUUCGCUGGUAGCGGCCCGAAAGAUAGCGAUGCUAGAUUGAUGGAAAUGUUGGCAGCCCAAGCAGCCCACCGCAAUGAAGCGGCGCUGGAAGAUGAGGAUGCCAUCAUAAACAAUGACAAGAUGUCCGAGUCUGAGAAGAAGGAUAUACUACAAAGGGCAUUGACUAUGGCUGCUAGCAAUGGCGAUACUGAAAAGGUCAAGAAGCUGCUGGAGGGAGAUGCGAAGCCUUUCGUUGACAUUAAUCUUCCUGACGACGAUGGAACUCCAGCACUGAUUUACGCCAGUUGUUUUGGUCAUGAAAAGGUCGUCGAGGCUCUAAUUGAAGCGGGUGCCAAUGUGAACCAGCAGGACCGCAAUCACUGGACACCUUUUAUGUGGGCAAUGACGAAUCGCCACAAGGCGAUAUCAAAGCUGCUACUCGAUAAGGGAGCAUCGUCGGAGCAAAAGACAUCAUCUGGACGGACGGCCUUUGACUUUGUUCCCCCGGAUAGCGAUAUGUCGUUUUACCUGCACGAUAAUGGAUAUAACAUUGGGAGUGCGGGUAUCAUGGGUGAUUUCUAUAAUGCUGGCUUCUCCCAAGACCGGUUCGAAGAAGAAAUGGCAGAAAACGAGAUGCGGAGACGGCUGAUGAUGGAGAGUGCUCGUGAUCUGGAAGUUGACCUGGGAAAUGUUGGAAUGGACGAUCAACCAGAGCCCGUGGACGAAUUUGAAGAAGAGCAACAGGAGUUUGACUGGAGCCGCUGUCUCCACGACCAAAUGUUCGUCUUCCAAGAACAUGAAUUGGGCCGGCUAUUGGAUAUUGUCGUCACCAACAUGACUCCCCAGCGGUCGCCAUCGCAGAAACCAGUUCCGGCCAACAUGAUAUUCCUCGGUGCUAGAUAUGCACACUACCAUGCUAGCCCAGAUCUUCUGAGGAGGCUACUGGUAUCCGCCAUGGAGCGCAUCAAUGCCGUCGUUGAGAAGUCCCAGUGGGACAUGACUAUCCUGGCUUUUUGGAUCUCAAACGCGACGCUACUUCUGCAUUAUCUCAAGAAAGACGCUGGACUAGUUGAAGCAACUACCGAGUUCCAGGCACAGCUUGCAGAACUUAUCAAUGAGAUAUUUGUGCUCAUCGUUCGCGACGCCGAGAGACGUCUGGACAAAGUGCUCGACCCUGCCAUGCUGGAACACGAAACAAUUCCCGGCUUCGAGGAUAUUGCAUUUCAAAACGAAUGGAAGAUCUUCAAAAGAAAGUCUACAGUUAAGGAGCAGCCUCUUGAGAAGCGCUUCCGUCCGCCGUCUCCCAAACAAAGGGCGAAGCCAGCACCUCGAAAUGUUACGUCCUUACUAUCAUCGACACUCUUUGUGCUGGAUCUCUACGAUAUUCACUCUGUUAUCACGGCCCAAAUAAUCUCUCAGCUCAUCUACUGGCUCGGGUGCGAGCUGUUCAACAGGAUUAUAUCCAAUCGCAAGUAUCUGGCUAGGACAAAGGCAAUGCAGAUCCGCAUGAACGUGUCAAUGAUUGAGGACUGGGCGCGUACAAACAACAGACAAGCAGAGCAUUAUGAGGGCGGUGAGAUGAACUCAUCGGGCGAAACAACCAUGGAUGCGGCCAAGCGACACCUUGCCCCCGUGAUUCAACUCUUGCAGUGGCUGCAGUGCUUCUCAUCGCUAGACGCUGAUGACUUGGAGGCCCUAGUUGGCACUCUCCAGCAGUUGAAAAGAAUGACGCCGCAACAGCUGAUUCACUCGGCUACGCAUUACCGUCCCGAGGUUGGCGAAAAGGGCUUACCCGGUAGCGCCAUGAAAUAUCUCAUUGCCAUUCAGAGGGAGGCGGCACUCAAGAAGGACCGACACCAGAGUGGCCAGACUGUUGGUGCAGAAAGCGCCCCAACCACACCCGUGACGUCCAACUUCAACGGAAACGGGCCUCAAACUCCAAAAAGUGUUCGAAUAAAAUCCCCGGGUAGCAUCAAGGGUGCAGACUCUGAUGAUGAGGACAACACUCCCAAGAGUCUGCUGCUAAACCCCGCCUAUAUGCUGCCCUUUGCGCUGCCAUCGGUGACAGACAUGCUUGUAUCGUAUGGAGCUGGCUUUGGAGGUGUCAACAGAGAGAGGGAGCGCAAAUACAUCCCAACUGUUCCACCGGAGUUUUUGGAAAAACUGGAAGUGAAUGGCUCUCGCAACCCACCAAUGUUUGAGGAGAAGGAUUGGGAGAAUGAGGAGGUUUGA